AUGAGUGCAUCGUAUUGGGAUUCUUCACAGAGGCACAAAUGGCAAUAUAGUCGAGAAUCUCUAGCAAGAGCUAGACAUAAGUUAUGGCUAUUGGAGUGCCAGUUAUAUCCACAGGGGACAAAUAUAACAAUGGAGAACAGUGGUAAGGACUCCCAACCAGUAACUAAAAACAUCCCGAUUACGCAUCGUGACUUGCACUAUGAUAGAGAUUACAACUUGAGAAUAUAUUGCUACUUUUUAAUUAUGAAGCUAGGCAGGCGGUUGAACGUCAGACAGUAUGCUUUAGCAACUGCACAUGUUUAUCUAUCCAGGUUCUGUCUUAAGGCAUCUAUACGAGAGGUUAACUUGUACUUGUUAGUGACGACCUGCAUAUACCUUGCAUGCAAGGUGGAGGAAUGUCCCCAACAUAUCAGAACCUUGGUCAACGAGGCCCGGUCGCUGUGGCCAGAAUUCGUGCCGCCAGACCCUACCAAGGUUACUGAGUUUGAGUUCUACCUAAUUGAGGAGCUCCAGUCAUACAUGAUUGUUCACUAUCCAUAUAGAUCCAUGGAGCAGAUCGCUAAUUCCCUCCAGAAGGAACCCUACAACCUGGUACUAUCCCAAGACGACAUGCAGAACAGCUGGUCGCUAAUAAACGACUCCUACAUCACCGACGUGCAUCUAUUAUACGCUCCUCACGUGAUCGCAAUGGCGUGUUUGUUCAUCACAGUCUGUCUCCGAACCAACAACUCCCACGCUUCCCAGAGCAACCAAACCAUAUUCAACAGGUUCAUGGCUGACUCUCAAGUCGAUCUCCAAGAGGUGAUGGACACCAUCCAGGACUUCGUUACCCUCUAUGACCAUUGGGAUAAGUAUAACGAGCCGUGGAUCAAAUUCUUACUGCAUAACCUCUACCUCCGACCACACGCUGCCACAAAUACCAUCACCGCGGCCUCACUCAAUCCGAUAAACACCUCUAACUCGGCACUAGGCUCCAAUGGUAGUGCCCUUACGUCUGGAACAUGA